GCCGCAUUCACCUUCACCUUCACCUUGCGCGCGGUCUGGGAUACUGGACCUGAGGCGCGUGCCUUCACUGCCGACCGUGCGCGCAGCCACCCCUCCAUGGCCCCGAGGAGAGCAAGAAUCGGUUGUUGGCGCUAGCGGCCCGCUGGGUACAUUCCUACAUCACCUCAACGACCAGCAGCAGCAAGUGCGAUGGAGGCUGUUUGACAUGUCCCUGGCCAAGUGCAACACGCGAACCGUCGAUCUGUUCGGCCCUCGCCAUGUCGCUCACGCCAAACAACCCCAGAAUCAUGAGCCCGGCCUGGGGGAGCGGGCUCAAGCUCACGCCUUCGCCGUCGCCCUUCCUCAAGAAUACCCCGCUGCGCUCGCCCGUAAAAGCCCACCGCGCCGAAGCAUCGCUUGCCCUCCGCCAGGUCAUUGGCACGUCGGCCAGCUCGGCCAAUGCCUUCGACAGUCUCCCCAACGCGCGCUCCUUUGCCUUCUGCGCCGGCGCCGCCGCGGUGCUUGCGACGGUCGAUGACGAACAACAUGUCUCGCAGCGCUUCUACCGCGCGCGACCGACAGCGAACCCCAUAAACCCUUCCUCUUCCGCAUACGGAGGCCCGUCCACCCCGACGCAGAACGAGAGUCGGAACCGCACCGCCGCGUCCCUGCGCGAGUCUGGCAUUGGUGCGUCUCCCUUGGGAUCGCCUGCCAAUGACUGGAGUGCCUCGCCAGGCGGGACAUCGUGGUCAGCAAGAGACAGGAUAAAGGCUGCGACGUGUGUGGCCUUCAGUCCGGACGGCAAGUACCUUGCCGUUGGAGAGACGGGACACAAGCCGCGCGUGUUGAUCUUUUCGACUGCACCCGAUGCGCCUUCGGAAACCCCGCUCACUGCGCUCUCCGACCACACGUUUGGCGUCAGAUGCCUCGCCUUUUCUCCAGACUCACAGUACUUGGCUAGCCUGGGCUCCCCCAAUGACGGUUUCCUGUACAUAUGGAGCAUCAAUGCGCGCACGGGAGCUGCUAGCUUGUACGCCAGCAACAAGUGUACCAGUACCAUCAAUCGCAUGGCAUGGAUGGGCAACACUGUGGUGACGGUCGGCACCAGACAUGUCAAGGUCUGGCGCCUGGAGGACUCUCAUCCCGCAUCCCGCGUGUCCAAGACGCGCCAAAGCGAUGUGUCCUUCCUAUCGACCAGCGCGCACAAGACGCUACCUGGGAGGAACUGCAUCCUGGAAAGUCUACUCGAGGCCAACUUUACGAGUGUCGUGGCGGUGGCUCCCUCGAAAGCUAUCGUCGCGACAGACAAGGGUCAGCUCUGCCUGAUUGACGAUAGCGACGGCACCCAGCGGUUCUUCAAGGUUGCAGAAGCUGCAAUCGCCGUAACCUCGAUGGCGGUUGAUUCUCAAGGCAGACUCCAUAUCGCUAGCAGCCAAGGAGGGCUGAAAACGCUCAACAUAAGCGAUACCAUCGGCGUACUCACUCCACCCCCUUCACCCCCGCCCAGAGUAGAGUCCCCGACCGUCACCCUGAGCACGGACUCGAACAAGAUUGAAGCCGUAGGCUCGCUGCUCGAUUACCUUGUCACAGUUGACUCUCAGAAUUCAAUCCGAUUGUCCCAUCUACGCGCUCCCGACGACGAUACCAUGGUUGGUGAUGUCCUCCAAAAGCUCCCAGCUCAUGGUGACCCUGUGCUUGGGGUAGCACCGUUAGCCGAAUCGAACGCACUUGGAGCAUCAUUCUACACUUGGUCGACAGGUGGUGCUGUUCUUUACUGGAACCAAGUGGGUACCUACAAGCAAAUACUGGACGUCCCACUCGAACAGAUACCUGGCGUAGAUGAGGUCAAUGAACUCAAAACCGUUGCCUCAUCUGCUGACGCAAGUGUGCUUGUUACUGGUGACAAGUACGGUGUGCUUCGAAUCAUCGAUCGCCAGACACGAUCCAGUCUCGUUGAUAUGAAAGCGCACUCAAACGAAAUAACAGGCAUAGCCAUGUUUGAAAGUAAAGACAUGGCAUACAUUGCCAGUAGCGCUAGAGAUCGGCACAUCCAGAUACUCCAGAAGAAAAGUGAAAGCUGGGAUCUUCUGCAAACGCUUGACGAGCACGUGGGGGCAGUAACAGGAGUCAUAUUCUCCAGAAACGGAGAAAGACUCAUAUCCAUGAGCUCUGACCGCACUAUCGUCGUACGCGAACUUGUGUCUCGCCAGGACACAGAGAGCACAGACAGGGCUUUCAUCAUCUUGCGGACAAUCAUAUUGAAGUCAUCCCCUGUGUCCAUGACCUUGGACGCCGACCAAGACGAUGUCAUUCUGGUCUCCACGGUGGACCGUCAUGUACACAAAUACGAUUUGCGCAACGGUCAGUGUCUGAGCAGCUUUCGGGCUUCAGACGCUGAGGGUGGCGAUGCUGUCGUACUCUCCUCGCUGGCACAUAUUCCACGUACAUGGGGAUCCCCUCUCAUCGCUGGAGUGUCAAGUACCGACAAGUCCAUACGAAUUUACGAAGAGAAUGGAACCCUGGUUGCUCGUGAUUGGGGCCACACAGAAGGUGUGAGAGAUAUCACUCUGUUGAAGUCCGGCAGCGAACCAGACGAUGACAGUAGCGAGAGGUCACUAGUGACCGUCGCGGCCGACGGUACCAUUUUCGUCUGGGGUCUUUUGCUCAUUCCUUCGCGGCAACACAUGUCCCAUUCGAUGGACUUGCUUGGGCCAAGCACACCAUCGAAUAAAGAUCUCCUGGCAAGUAAGCCGCCACUGAGACGUGUUUUCUCUCAGUCGGAGCUUGCGCGAUUCCAGCGGUCGGAGGAUGACCAGACUACACCGACGGGUAAACGCUCCCCAACGCUGCGGAAGAAGCUUUCCAAGUUUUCUUUGGCAUCAACUCCCAAGUUAGAGCCCUCUCCCAUGUCCAGCAUGCCGAAAGACCGUGGCACAGGGUCCGCGCAGUCCAUGCGCCGGAUAAACCGCAACCGGUCGCCCUCGCCUCCAAGCCCCCGUCAUCCACAGGUCGCGAAGCGCCGCUUAUCGGUCGACGUCCGACUCCGCUCAAAACAACCUCCAGCAACAGAUUUUGGGAGCCUAACGUCAUCGACCGAGAGUCUCUGUCGGACGUUGCGGGCGUAUCGAAAGCGCAUUGCCAACAGCAACGAUAGCCUCGGCGCAGACGUCGUGCGUGAAGUGGAGCGAGAGCUGGCCUUGACCGCACGCGUGGUAGGGGAGAAGGCGAAGUCGAAUGUUGGGCUCAACGAGACAACGAUUCAGAAGAUACUCGAUCAGUACUCGGAGCGUCUAGUCAGCAUACUGGAUGAAAAAAUAUCUGCCAGCGUAGCCUUGCACGCAAGGCACAACAGCGAGAGUUCGGGAGGACUCGUUUCUCCCAUGCUACCACAAGAAGUAGAUGUGACAACGAGCAAAGAAGCGGACAGAGCGAGAGAAGAGUCUGCGACAAGCACGACUGACUCUCCCACCGAGAUAGCAUUCAGCCAGUAAGUUCGCGGUGCGGAGCAGCCAGCGGGAUGUUUUCAAUGCAAAGAUUUGGCGUUUAGGAUAGGUUACGGGAUGUUUGGGGCUACACAUGUGUAGGCGAGGUAAAGGCGUACAGUGAGGGCGCACCGCAUCCUUCCGCUCGGUAACGAUACCAUUUAUGAUGUACCAUAGCUUCGCUUCUCAGUUCUAGACCAAUAUGCCUCGCGCAGAGGCUUUCAUGCCGCCUACAGAGGCCUCCCACCUCGCACGUCUCCGCGUGGAGGCGUACAUUCAAGGCG